CUUCACAGCCCUAUUCUGUGCAGGUGAAUGCUGGAUCAUCGCCUCAAUGUAAUGAAAAAGCAUUGAGACGACAUCAGAUAAGUGGGAAAUUAUAAAUUUAAACCGACAGAAAACCAGAACAUUGUUCCAAAAAACAAAACACGUGGGUUGAUGGAAGCAGACAAUCAACUUUAUGAUCGAAAUAUUACCUGCCCCGGAGUAAUCAACACACCUGCAAACUUCACGACACAGCCCAAUUUUAGAAAUAUUGAGCACUCCGGACAAAGAUGGCAGAUGACCGUGUAGCCAUCCUAACUGACGAUGAGGAGGAGUUGAAGAGGAGACACCUUGAGCGCUUCGACCAUCUGUCGCUCGAGAUUCAGGCAGAUCAACCUGCCCCUCCACCUGAAACCAGUUCACCCAGCGAUGGCACACUGACUCCAGUCCAUCAUCACGACAUGGGCUGCUGCGAACGAUUGUUCCUCCGGAUCAACCCCCACCUUCUUGUCUCAAAAGUGUUUUAUUUCUUCUUCUACGCUGCCUAUGGUUCCCUUCAUCCCCUGCUUGCACUUUACUACAAACAGCUUGGGAUGAACCCGACCCAAAGUGGUCUCCUGGUCGGAAUCCGAUAUUUCAUUGAGUUCUGUAGCGCUCCCUUUUGGGGAAUUGUGGCAGAUCGUUUCAGGAAAGGUAAAGCUGUCUUACUGUUCUCAGUGUUUUGCUGGCUACUUUUCAAUUCUGGAAUUGGUAUUGUGCAACCACCAGACUUGAAGUGUAAAGAUGAGAUCAUCUUGACAACCACAGUUAUGGUACCAACUGUCCAACCUACCACAACUAUUGAGGCAUUUUACCCCAAUACCAGUUCCAUCCCAGCAACCAAUCUGAAGAUACGGCGCCGGGAUCUUAUUGGACACUACCCUUGGCGAUCCGUUCCUUCCUCCAGUCUGUCUUUAGUCUACAGGUUCAAACGGGAUUCUAACUUAAGUUUCACCAGUGCACCUUAUGAGUUGGGUAACAAAACACAGUCUGUCCAAACCAACACCACCACCACUCCACCCAAGCCAAACACAUCCAUCUGGACAACUGCCCCACCUAGUACAAACAUGACAUCCACCAGCACCACUCAAAGCCCCACAACCACACCAAAACCGUUAACCCCUGAAUAUAACGCAGACCAGAUUCACGCAAUUUUCCUGCUGAUUUUGCUCGUCAUCAUCAUUGGCGAGUUUUUCAGUGCUCCAGCCAUAACAAUCGUAGAUACAAUGACGUUGCAGUACCUAGGCCCACACCGUGACCGCUACGGUCUUCAGCGAAUGUGGGGAUCACUAGGCUGGGGUGUCACCAUGCUCUGCAUCGGUAUCUGGAUUGACCACACUAGCACUAAACUUGUCAUUGAUGAUGUUAAGAACUGCUUCAUAGAGAAUUACAAGAACUACCAUAUCGCCUUUAUUGUGUUUGCCGUUUUAAUGGGACUAGCUCUAAUUGUUGCCACACAAUUCAAGUUUGAUGUUCAGCAUAAAAAUGAAGAGACGCAAGAAGGAAGUGACAUUGGCAACCAGCAACAAGAUGCCCAACCUGGUGGUUUUUCUAGAUCAGAGAACUCAGAGACCCCAACAAUUGUCCAAGCUGAGGAGUUCCACUUCUGGGACUUGAUGCAGCUGCUGUGUGGUGUACAGUAUGGCACUGUGUUAUUUGUGGCCUGGUUCAUGGGAUUUGGCUACGGGUUUGUUUUUACUUUCCUGUACUGGCAUUUACAGGACCUAACAGGAACCACCACACUGUUUGGCGUUUGCUCUGUUUUCAGUCACGUGUCGGAGCUUGCUGCAUAUUUCACCAGCCACAAAUUCAUUGAACUGGUUGGACACAUCAGAGUUUUGUACAUUGGUCUGGCGUGUAACACAGCACGUUACCUCUAUAUCUCGUACUUGGAGAAUGCCUGGACUGUGCUGCCUAUGGAAAUAUUACAAGGUGUGACACAUGCAUCCGUAUGGGCAGCGUGUAUCUCAUACCUGAGCGCAGCCGUUCCUCCGGCCCUCCGGACGUCUGCCCAGGGCAUCCUGCAGGGUCUUCAUCUCGGUCUGGGCAGGGGCUGCGGGGCCAUGGUGGGCGGCAUCUUCGUCAACUACUUUGGUGCUGCUGAGACAUUCAGAGGAAUUGGAAUGACAUCUCUUGUUAUUUUGCUCAUUUUUUCAUGCAUUAUGUACAUCACUGGGCAGGAUGAGAAAAAGGAGGACAAGAUGUUAGCGGAGAACAUCCCUAUUGCAUCCAGUCCUGUUCCCAUAGCGACCAUCAACUUGGUUCAAAACACAAUGGAAGUGAUGACACCGGCUCGACCCGAGCCCAAACUUCUCGCCCAGAAAACACGACACCAGGAAGAGCAGGAGGAUCUGUACAAGCCCGCCUGGGUUCCCUCCGGGUCGCCGUGGGUUACCAUCGCUCUCGCCUUCUACCAGAUUACAGAGAUGGUCGUCAUGGCAAAGACACACCCACCUGUUGAGGUCCAGCCCCUUCAGGACACAGAUGAGGUCCCAGCAGACUCUCAAGAAGAGGACCAAUCACCUCCAGUCUUUGACAACACCAACCAGCAGGAAAGCCAUCCCAAUGGGUUCCAGACCCAGGAGGGCCCUGGGCCCCCAGGAGCCACUGCACAGCUGCAAUUCCCAACAGGGGACACAUCGCCUGUAUUAUUAUCAAGCAACUGAAAACCCUCCACUAAUGUCACAAACUGACCCAUGAACUCGAGGGUGUAUUCUUUUCACAUUAUGACCUCAUUUGUAUUCUCGUUUUGAAAUGGAACUACAUGGACACAAAAAAGGAAGAUACUUUGCUGCGUAAGUGACCUUUGUAGGUAUUUUUUAAUUAUUUUUAGGAAUUUUGUACAAGCUUUGAAAAAAGCCUGUCCGAUUUAAACAAAAGUGUGCCUGAUUGUGCCUUCUUUUGCUGGUAGAGGGCAGCACUGUCCGGGCACUGUGCCAGAGGUUUGUGAGGCUUCUUAUGAUUUUGUGUAGGUUUAGCCUUACUGUAUUUCUCUUGUGAAACACUAUAAUGACUAUAACUGUUUUUUAUUGGGUGAUUGUUAACUGUUUUAAGUUACAUUUAAUUCUUUAAUUUAAUUCAAGUUUCUGGGUCUAAAAACCCAAUUAAAAGAAUUUGCAAAUAACGAGAUUUUUACAUUUUCUGAAGAAAGCUCCUAUCUACUUGAAUUGUGAAAUACUAAAAUCUCCAAAUUAGUUGGUCAUGAUUACGAUCAAAGAACACGUUUUAAAUCAGCCAUAAAAUCUGACAACACUGGUAUCGUAAAUUGUGAUUCUUUAACUCAGAUCACACCAAAAAACGCUCUUUUUUUCAGGCUGGUUCAGCUUAUGCGCAUGCACGUUCUCGAGUUGACUGACAGGCGAUAUCUGUAUCUAACCUGUAAGGCGGGACUUCGGUUUUUAUAUCCGCUGGCUUAAUUAAUUUUAAUAUGAGUGGUCAGUCUCUGCUAAACUGUGUCUGGUAUAAGGUACACUAAUAACUACAGAAUGACAUAUGCAGGGGCAUAGAUUCCUGGGGGGAUGGGGGGGGAGCUAACCCCCCCAAAAAUCAAAACAAGCAAGUACAAGUGAUGCAGGUUCACCCAUUCACGCCAUUCCAAACAUUCAAAGCUGUUUAAAGUUGUUAUACAAAUCUAAAAAGGUGACACAGUAUCACAGAAAUGGAUGAAGUGUUUUAGGAGAGCGUUUCACCAGAUUAUGUCGCCAAAUGAAUACAUGUAAAUGUAACGACAAACAUGGUAAACUAUUAAAUACACUGCAGUGCACUGUGUAUCAGUGUUCUGUCAAAAUAAAAGCUCCAGGUGAAGGUGUAGUAAAUACGACUGAAAUAUAUUAGUCUGUAUAAAAUAAAUCCUCAAAAUAAUUCAGUAUCAUAUUAUAAUAAUAAAUUUGACUGUAUAAUAAUAAAUAAUAUUCAACCGGGUUCCAAAAUAUAAUUAUGUGAAUUUGUAGUUUUUGCUCACCCUGUUUAUUCACUAAAAAUAUUUUUUUUAAAUAUAUAAAGGUACACAUGGGUUGUUGUUUUUUUCCUGUAUUGUUGUAUUAGUGCUUGUAAAUAAUAUUUAUUGUAUUUAGAAAUAAAUAUAAUUCUUC